UUGUAAACAAAUAGGUAUCGCCUAACAAUAUUAAAUAUUGGGUAAUAAAUAAUAUGGAGGGUUUUAAUUUAAAAAAUACUUUUUUCUCAUGUAUAACAAUUAUAGUAUUAGUAUUAUCUAUGCUAUUUUUCUAUGAACCCGCUCAAAACUUACUAUGCAGCUAUGCAAUUUUUGAACGAUUCUUAAUUAACACACCUAAAGUGUGUUCACUUUUCGAUACAACUCGAUUAAGUCGAUAUAAUGGUGUUGAUGGAGGCAAAAUAUAUUUAUCCAUUCUUGGCAUUGUAUUUGACGUGACAGAGGGUAGAAGAUUCUAUGGACCUGGUGGUUCAUAUAGUGGAUUUUCUGGUCGUGAUGCCAGUCGUUCAUUUAUAACUGGUUUAUUCGACGAAGAAAACCUAACUGAUCAUGUCAGUGAUAUGGAUCCAAAUGAUUUAAUAGGACUGGAUACUUGGCUGAAUACUUAUAAGAAAAAAUACAAAGAAAUUGGAAAAUUAAUAGGACGAUAUUAUGAUUCAUCUGGUAAAGAAACAGACUAUAGUAAAUUGGUCUAUGAAAAAAUAAAAUCAAGUAAAAUGGCUAAAGCAACUAAAAAUAAAGAAAUGGCACGAUAUCCAAGUUGUAAUAUAGAAUAUGUUCAAGAAAAUCAAAAAAGUAAAGUCUGGUGUACUACAUUGAGUGGUGGCAUUAAAAGGAAUUGGAUUGGAGUACCUCGUAAAUUACAAUCAUUGGAUGAAAAUGGAAAGUUGUCUUUUCGGUGUGCAUGUGUACAACUAGAUACCCUAAGCCAAGCUGAACUAGUGCAUAUUAAUGAGUAUGAGGGUUGUGAUGCUAGUGCAACAACUUGUUACGUCAAAGUCAGUUAAUCUGAUUUGUUCUACUAAUAAAUUGUGUCAUUUUUUUGUUUUUGUUAUACCAUUGUAGUGUGAUUUGAAUGUAAAAUGUUCUUUCUGUGAUAAAUUCCCUUACAAUAUCAAAAUUGUUAAUCCCAGUUCACAAUAGGACAAGUUAUACUAUAAUAUUCUUAAAUCUCUUAAAUCAUAUUGUGUAGAGUAAGUUUAAUUUAUGUGCCUAUCUACUUUAUUAAUGUUUACAUUUUUAUACAAAACUAUUCUUAA